AUGGAUACACCACCUUGCUUUGUGCAGUAUCUUCAGUACUACUAUCAAAGUGGGCGUCUCUACAGGCUAAAAGCACUGGGGGAAAGACUCAACUUGGACUUGAUUGUUGAGGGAUUUCAGUCGUGGAUGUGGCGGGGACUGACAUUUCUUCUUCCCGUUCUCUUCCUGGGCCAUUUCUGGCAGCUUUGGAACAGUAUUUCUCUGUUCAGAAUGGCUCAGAUCCCUGAAUGUAAAGAAUGGCAGGUGUCCAUGUGUGGCUUCUGCUUUCUGGUUCUGUUUGUGGGAAACUUUUUCACUACACUUGCAGUUGUCCGUCACAAGCGCAAAGACCAGCAGAAGACCCAGAGUCUGUGA